AAACCUUUAGGAAACCACACAUAUAAAUAAGAUCUAAACCACACAUAUAAAUAAGAAGCCAAGAACUCAAUAUACUCUUCAUCACAACUUCAAAAGUCAUCAUCAAGAACUCUCAACAAAACUCAUAACAAUUUCCCAACACAUCAAAACUAUGGAUAACAACUUCCCAUUUCCACCACCACCUUCCUCUGAUCAAAGCUACAUCAUAGUAAUACUCGUUUUCUCGACGUUCGGUUGCAUCUUACUUGGCCUAGCUAUUCUUGCUUUUUGCACAUACUUCUUGAAGAAAAAGAAGAAGAGUAUAAUGCUAGUUGAAGAAAAAGAAGUGAAACACAUUGAUGAUCAUGUUAAAAUAAAGGAAGCAAUUGUUGAAGGACCUCAUGGGAAACUUGAGACAAUAGUACUCUCAGUAGAAGAAGAUUUGCAUGAACAAGAUGACAUUAUAAGGACAAAGAAAGAGUUGGAAGAAGUUCAUCAUCAUAACUUCAUACAUGCUAAUAAUAAAUCUUCAGAAAUUACACCUUUUGCUCUUGAAGCUGCCCAUAGACAAACUUAAUUAAGCAUCAAUUCAUGAUUUUUAUUUCAUUUUAAAAAAAAAAUAAAAAAAAUGACAAGAAUGAGAGUUACUAUUGUAUAAAGUUAAUUAUAAUUUUUUUUUGAUGUUUUAAUUUCUUUGAAGUCACAACUUCUCACAUACCAUUCAAUUCUUCUGUUUUUCUUUAUCAUGACUUAGGCAAUCUUCACUUCUUGAGUUAACUGUUUCUCUUGAGUUAGACUCAAGAUCUAUUUUACAUGGUAUCAGUCAUCCUAUUGAUCACUUUAAAUCUAAAGGUCAGCCUAGUAAAGUUUUGGAAUAAAGAAUUCCCAAUGACUAGUAUACUCUUCAGGCACUUAGCUACACUCAUGUGACACCCUUCGCCGAUAAAUUAUAUCGUAUAUACAAGUAAAUAGUGAAUAAAGUAGUUAAAUAACAUAUUCUGACACAACAAUAUGAUGUAGCUCAAUGAUCUCGAGCGCC